AUGGCGAGCAUGCUGAAACCCAGUUUCUUUAACACAACUAACAACACAGUAAAAACCAUGAUGUCCAUUGUGGUGUCAGCAACACUGCCCAAAACCACCAACACACAGCUCCCAAGACCGGUCAACUUCACCCUGGAACACAUUGAGGAAAUUGAUCCUAGUGGUACACUUUCCUGUGUGUACUGGAAUAACACCGUAUGGGUUGAAGAUGGGUGUUCCCUUCUCCAGACCAACAGCAGCCACUCUGUGUGCUCCUGUGUUCACCUGUCAACCUUCGCUCUCAUCAUGCAGACCAACCCAGACCAAGCCUCAGACGAUAGUGACCCUCUCUUGGAGCUGCUCAACACGGUGGCUGUGGCAGUGGGGCUGUUUUUCCUGAGUUUGUCUCUGUUGACCUUUGCCCUUUGUCGUCGAAACAUGAGAGUUAACCUCGCUCCACUGAUAAACCUGUGCAUCAGCCUGUUUCUGGCUCACCUCCUCUUCCUUCUCACACAGACAUUCCUGCAGUACAUACAGACUAAUCAGCUGCUGUGUGCAGCGAUGGCAGGUGUUCUGCAUUUCCUUUUUCUCUCUGCUUUUGUGUGGAUGUUCUUUGAAGCUGUUCUUCUCUUGAUCUCUGUGAAGAACCUCACAAAGAUCAGAUCAAAGCAGAAGGAGGUGCUCGGCUGGAAAUGUUUGAUUGUGAUUGGAUAUGUUAUUCCUCUGAUUGUGGUGGGAGUGUCUGUUGGGCUGUUUCCUGAUGGAUACGGCAGUAAACAAUGUUGGAUUAAAACAGACAGGGACUUUGUCUGGAGUUUUCUGGGUCCCGUAUGUUUUAUUAUUAUAUUCAACUUGAUCUUCUUCAUCAUGAUCAUCAUCACUCUGAGAAAAAACGUGGCAGGACUGAACAGUGAAUUUUCCCAAAUCAAACAAAUGAGAAUUCUUGUCUUUAAAACACUGGUCCAGAUUGUCAUCCUCGGUUGUCCCUGGAUCCUGGGUUUCUUCGUAAAUGGCAGUAGGGUGUUGGAGAUUGUCUUCCUGUUCCUCAACUCUCAGCAGGGCACCUUCAUCUUCCUGGUCCACUGCAUCUUCAACCAAGAGGGAGAGUCGGACUCCAUUUCCCAGAAUACUCUGGGAGAUCAUGUGACAGAGAUGCCAACUCAUGCCAAGUUGGAGUCAGAGAAGGACUCCAAUACCCACAAGUCACUCAAGGCUCACUGUACCUUAGGUUAUCAACCUCCGCUCGCCCCCUGGACUGCUACUCCCUCAGAUUUUCCAGCUGUAGACGACUGGAUGAAGUGCACCGAGGAGGUCUGGGAACAGACCCACUGCAACAUCGAGGAGGCCCUGCAGUGUGCUAAACAACAAGCAGAUCGGCGUCGGGGGAGACCCCAUCCUUUCAUUCUUUCCUUUGGAGACCAGGUUUGGCUCUCCACUCAGGACCUCAGGUUUGGGGUUGUCCCUGUGGUUCCAGGUCCGCUGAAUGACUAG